AUGUCUGCGGACGCCGCACGCGCUGAUGCGCCUAUUAGUGGCACCACGACGCCAUCGUCGCCACCGCCGCUGCAGUCCACAACGGAGGGAGAGGGCGCUUCGGCGCAGGACGUCCCCCCGCUUCCGGCGGCGCCCAUGAAGCGUCGACGGAGCGCGUCCUCCGCCGCCAAGCGGCACCAACCGCCGCCGCCGUCGGCCCCCGCUGCGUCUCACAAAACCAAACGAGCAGCCGCUUCGACGACGUCUUCUCCCCCGCAUUACUUGGCGCCAACAGCGGCGGCGGCGGCACGUCGUCGUCGUCCUGGCACGACCCUGCACACCGCGAGUAACGCCGAAGCCUCUCGCACGGCAACGAGUCAAGCGUCUGGCAUUUCUUUAGCUGUUGGAGGUGGCGCAACGGCGCACACGUGGGCUCCACGAACAUCGAAACACGAAGUCAUCCCCACCACAGCAGUAGACGUGGAGGUCGGCGCCGACACGCCCUGCCCACGUGCACCGCCACCUUCCUCUCCUUCGUCGCCAGCGCCAUCUGCAGCGCAGCCACCAAUACCGGCGCGGGCGAGCGAUGUACACGCCUCCUACGUGGAGGAGGUGUUAGAGGCACAGCUGGGGCCUCCUGCUCUUCCAUUUGCAUCCACCACUGCAGCAGCAGCAGCUACGCCGACGUUGAUUGAUGUGGUCGAGUUGAAGCCACAGGCACGAAGCAAGGUCAUCGCGGGCACGUCCGGCUCUGCAUCGCGAACCGCAGGACGGCUGCAGCGGCGGCAACAGCAGAAAACAGAAAGAGUCGAUGCACUCUUCUUCUCUGCGCCCGCUCACGCGGCAGCGGCGCCGUCUUCAUCGCCGUCUCCGGCACGCGCCGCGCUUGAUAUCACGAGCGAAGCAGCAGCGGCAGCAGCAGCAGACGAAAGCGAUGACGACGACCCGGCCGAGCUGCAUACCACGUUGCAUCUCCAGCCGUUUCCCCCGACCAUCGCCGCCUCUGCCAAGGUGGCCGCUGCGCUGGCGGACGUCCUCGGCAGCACCGGGGUGGACGGGGAGCUGACGGAGGCGCUGCUCGAGCCUGCCCGACCCGCCCAGACAGCCGCGCAAGCCGCCUUAGCAGUCGCACGCGCCGAUCUGCUGUACGACAGUCUUGACGGAACCGGCGUGAGUGGGCACGUGUUUUCCGCCUCGUUGGGUUGUGCAGGGCAGCCACAACACCAGCGGGAGGAGGACGCGCGGGAGCGGAUUUGGUCAGCGGGGCCCGGUACGUCUCCGAGUCUCGCACCAGCGUCGCCGGCGCGGCAGACGAGGCACAUCAUCGGUGCCACCUCCUUCACUCCUGCGGUGAUUGCGGAGUUCUUGAAGAUUGAGGCGGACGCCGAAGCAGCAGCGAUGCAGCAGAAGGCGCAGCCGAGAGCGGUCUCGUCUGUAAAGGAGCGCAGCGGAACCCCGGCGGAGACAUCGGAGGUGGAGGUGCCGCCGCCGCCGUCGUCGUCUCCUCCACCGCUGACUUCGUCUUCGCCUUCUGCGGCGCCGGCGGAUAGCGCGGCGGUGCUGCGCGAACUCCAGGUGAUGCAGCAGCGGCUUCACUCUCACGGCUACCGGCGUAUCCCCGUGAAAGUGUCACCUCUCAAAGUACGUCGACAGCACCUGCAGCAGCAGCAACAGCAAGGUUACUCGAGCUCGCCUUGCGACAUCUCCGCGUCGUCUGCCUCGGACGCCUCCUCUUCUAGCUCGGACUCAGCAAAAGCAGCAGCAGAGAUGGCUAUGUCAGCGCGACGCCGCGCACGGCGAGGGACGGUGGACUGGACCACCGCGUCGGUGACAGAAAUUGUCGAGGCGCUCGAUCGCGCGUCGUCGCCGUCCGUGCGGCUUCAGCGGCAACGGCGCAAACACCACGGCGGAGGCACAACAAGCGCAGGACGACGGCGCGGCGCGGCGGCAGACUUCGACCCGGAGAUGUACGUUCACGCGUUGUUGGAAGGCCGAGCAACCGAUGACGGCGACGACGACGACGACGCGCUCUCCUCGUGCCCCUCGCUGGUUUCUUCAGAGCUUCUCAGCGAUGCGGCCGACGUGGACGCGUGGGCCGGUCCUGACACUGUUGCGUCAUCACCACCACCUGCUGCUGCUGCUGCUGCUGAGCCUCCCCUGUCUUCGCCUACGCCGCAAGAGCUGCGCCGAGAAGCGCUGCUGCGUGCCGGUCCAUCGUGGGCCGCCGCUGCCGCCGAGGUCGGACUCACGCCUGGCGAGGUGCGAGAACUGCUUCGCUACAGCCUGAGCGCACCGGAGGCCGCGGCGUGGCUGUCCGGAAGCACCGACCACACCGACCACCCUCCCUCUCGCGCCUCUCCUCCUCACAGAGGAACGGACGGUGAAGGGGGUCAGCAGCAGCGAGAUGCGGAGGCCGACGACGACGAGGACGAGACCCAUCAUCAACGACGUCAUCGCCAGCGGCAGCCGGUGUCCUACGCGCUCGACGCGGCGACGCAGACUGCCCUCGUUCACCGCCUCCUCUCCGCCCUCCCCGCGGUCCCCGCGGCGUUGAAGGACGAGAUGGACCGUCAGCGCCGACUGCUCGAGCGGGUGUGUCAGGAGGUUCGCAUCGCAGCGGCCCCCGUCCACGCAGCGGUGCGGGAUCGACUGGCGUCGCCCACCGCGACCUCCUUCGCCCGACAGCCGGCGUUGGUGGAGCUGCACACCUACGGCGAUGACAAUGAUGGUGGUGGUGGUGGUGAUGAUGAUGCCCACGCAGGUGCGACGCCGCGGAACUCGACCUCCACGCGCAAGGAACAGGAGCGGGAUCGCGCAUACGACGCGCAACUGCUCGCAUCGCUGCCGCGGCGUGACGCACAGUCGUUGUCUGCGGUGGCGGGUCUUCACCGCGCAGCCGCGGACCCGACCCGGGCACUCCCGCCGUUCCACACCGUCAUCGCACCCCCGCCGUCCGCGUUGCGUGCGAGCGGCGGGCGCACCGGCUCCUUCGAAGCAACGUCCACCUCCCCUCCACCGCCGCAGCAGCAGCUGCCGUAUGAAGCGGCGCUACACGAGCUCGCAGAGCGCGAGACGCGGCACUACGUCAGCGAGCUCGACCGCCUGCGCGGCGCCUACGACCGCCAGCUUGCCGAGGAGCGCCGGCAGCGCGGGCUGGAGCGGCAGCAGUACGCGGCCCUGCUUGAGGGCCAGCAGCAGAAGAUGCUGCGGCACCACCGCGAGACCAUUCAUCUGCUCCAGCGCGAUGCACGCCUUCAGCAGCAGCAGCAGGACUCGCUGGUCCAGCAGCUGGCCACGGCGCAGGCGGCCACGGCGCAGCGGCAGCAAGGCGAACACGAGCGCACGACGCGGCGCAUGCUGUCGGGGGUGGUGGAGGCCAUGAAGAGUCACUGCGUCACGGCCGCGGCGAUGGACGCGUGCGUCGGUGCGCAACGGCGGCAAUCCGAAAGUCUCAGCGCGAGGGGGCGUGCGCGGAGCAGUGCGAUGUCUUUGGCAGGUGCGGCAGCGGCCAAGGUGGCGCGUGCCCGGCGCAUUCACCAACGGACCGACGCUGCAGCGGCGGCAGAGGCGAAGGGAGCACCGCCACCGACAUCCUCUGCGGUGUCGACCUCCAAAGAGGCGUCUACCGACGACACGACGAAGGCCAUUCCUGCAGAGCUAGCGGAGCGCGUGGCGGCGGUUAGCGCUGCUCCACAUGAAAAUCCAAGCCAAGGUCCCAGGCCCCUGCUGCGCUUCGAGGAGCCCGAGGAGGAGACAGCCACCCUCCCCCACGAAAGUAUCAGGAAUUCCGAAGAGGCACCGCCGCAGCAGCAGCCAUUCGAUGCGGACAUCCCCACCGUAGGGCACCUCACCCCGCUACGGCGGCGUGGAAGGCCGUCAGCGGCGGCGUCGUCGUCCUUCACAGAUUCAGAGCCGCACUCGCCCAUAAGCACACGUGCCGGAUCGCCAGAGAAGGCCAUCGCAGCAUCCACCUCGGCCGCCACUUCGAAUUCAGCAACAGCAGCAGCAACCGCCGAAGACACGCACCGCUCGCCUCCCCCUCCAUCUCCCUCGUUAGCGCCUGCGCUGCAGCUGAACAACGCGGAGGUGCUUCGCGCUGUGUACGGCACGGCGCCUCCGCAGAACGUGAGUCAUCAUCAUAGUGAUACUAGUACCUCCGUGGGCGUGCAUCACGACGGUCCGUCAGCGGCACCGCAGCCCCGCAUGACGCUGCCGCUGCAUGCGCAUUUACCACCAGAGGACGAGUUCGAUGCGCACGUGCGCCGUGUCGAGGCCGCCAAGGCCGCGGUGGACACUCGUGCAUCGGCGGCGGCGCAGAACGCCGGCUUAGCGGCCGGCGUGAAGCUCUACGUGAUCGACGGUCCCACUCCGCUACGCCGACAGCUCGCGAGGAAGCACGGUGCAGUUGGAAAGGCACCGAAUGCGGUCACGCGCAGUGGCACCGCACCGGCCGGCGGCGGAAGGGUGAGGCCGUCGUCGCCUUCCCCUGCCGCCGCCUCUGGCUUUGCUGCUUCAUCGCGUCAGCGUAGUCGUACGGCGCCUGGUGGAGCUCGCUCGCGUCAGAGCCAACGACAAAAGCAGCAGCGAUCGAGGAAGGCCGCCGCUGCCGCCGUGGCUGCCUCGCCGUCCGGCCGUCGGUUCGAUAUGGAGGUGGUGGCCGCCCUCGCGAGCGAGACGGGGCCUACGUACGCGCCGUAUCGGUCAACGCCGUCAUCCCUCAUACCGCAGGGCGGCUACGAUCCUCGCUAUUCGCAUAAUCCGUACACCUCGCCGUAUCUCCCGCCGCCGCUACAGCAGCAGCCGUCAUCGCUGUAUCGCGGUGCGUGGGUUGAAGGGAUGCCGACACACGCGGAAACGGCAGCGCGCGCCGAUGCUGGCACGAUCGCCGGGCGGCCGUGUGUUGGUCCGCCGGUCCUCGUGCUGGGUGAGCCGGUGGUGCGCGCCGGCACUGGGCACGUCCACACCGCAGCGGUGGCGGCCGCGACGUACACGCAGGUGUUGAAUGCACGGCUGCACGCGGCGCAGCACCAACGCGAGCGCGACGUUGCCGAGCUGCGCAAAGCCACAGAGCAGCGGGAAGCAGAGCGCACGAUGCCACCUGCGGUGAACGGCGGUGCCGUUGCUGGUGCGGGUCCAUCAUCAUCGUCAUCGCAUUCUCCUCCUCCUACCCCUCCGCCGAAGACGCCGUCGUCAUUGCCAUCACCGUCGGCAGACGACGCGGCUGAACAUCAUGCGCGUGUGGGGGCGCUGCCGCCGUGCGACGCCAACUUCUUCGGUGCGCCAGCGGACGUGAUGACCACCGCCGACGACGAUGACGGUGACAGCCGCGGCAGGAAACCGAAUCUUAUCCCUCUUCCUUCGGCUUCUCCUUCUCCCUGUGCGGGGCCGAUGAACCGCAGCGGCCGAGAAGGCCCAACGGACGCCUUGAACGAUCUGCGUGGGCCGUCACGGGCAGCAGCAGCGGUGUUGAUGUCGGCCUCGUCGUCCCCGUCGUGGACGACCGACUACGCACGGGCGUGGGGGCGGCUGGAGACGGCAGCACGUGAAGUCGAGUCGGCCGCAGCGGCCCUCGCGGCAGAGGAUGCGGGGGUGCUGGAGGCGGUCGCGCGGGAGCACCACCGACGCGGCGGCCCACCUCCUCCCCCUCCGCCUUCCACGUCCUCCACUGCAGCUGUUCCGCACUCGUCAGCCGCGAUUCAGCUGCCACGCCACGCGAGCGCCAGUGCGGCGGUUCGCUACCGAGAGCAGCAACUCGGCGACUGGGCCGGAAGGGAAAAGCAAGAAGGUGGGGAAGGUGAGAGGGGCGGCGUGUACGUGUCGGCGAAGAUGGCCGACCAGGCACGCGCGUUAACGCUUGCGCGGCACCGUCUCGCACGGAUUCGGGCGUGUUUCGCGGCACCGCCGUCGCUUCACGCGGGCGCUGCGGCCCUCGUCGGUGGGGCAGCGUCCACCCCACGCCUGUCAGCACGCACUGCUUCUUCUGCUGGUGGUCAUGGAGAUGCAGCGUGGGUGCGACGGGUGGUGGACGAGACGGUGCUGAGUCUGUUCGAGGCGGCCGGCAACGCGCAGCGCGACCCCGUUCGGCAGGUGGUGGCCGCAAUGGAGCAUGAGCUGCUCCGGCUCGUGCUGCAGGAACACCUUUCCGCGGAAGCGGAGGCGCAGCAGCAUCCACCGACUUCGACGAGCACGGACGGCGCACCACAAGCGCACGCAGCAGCAGCAUCUGCGGCACGUAACCAUACGAAGAAGGCAAAAUCGGCCACGUGUGCGGAGGUCGACCUGCAGCUCCUCCACGCGGUGGUGGAGGCGGCGCUCGAGGAGGCGGUGCAGGCCGCGUUGCACCGGCGGAUCAUCAGCGCCGAAGACUCGCCGCGCCCACCGCUGUCACACACCGCAUCCGCCAGCGAUCCGAGCAGGGAGGCCGUCGCGCGAGCCGUGCGGCGCUUUGCGGAGGGCAGCACCGACCGUCCUGCCUCCAUCGAUGUCGCCGUACCGAACGACGACGAAGCGCAGCGAGAGCGGGUGGCGUUGCCGCUGCGGCCGUCCAUGGCGUGGUUGCAUGACGCACCAGGAGCGGCAGCAGCAGCGGCCGACGUCGUCGUCCCUUCCCCAGCAGACGCCCAUCCACCUUCACCAACUUUGAGCAGCAGCGGGAAGAAGCGAGGGGGUGAGCAGCGCGACGCCCCCCUCGCCACCGCCACGAUCGUCGUCCCUCUGCAGAGCACCGCCUCGUCCGUCGCCACCGCCGCAGCAGCAGCGCUGCCACCACCGCAUGAGCUCCGGCUCGUGCUCGACCUGAGUCCUGUGGCGCAUCACUUGCUCUCCCCACCGGGCACAGCGGCAACGACAGCAGCGCCGCUUCAGCGGCAGUGGAGCUCACGCAGGUUACCGCCGAUGCAGCAGGAGGAGCUGCCCAGCAGCCGGAUGCAGCUGGAGGACCGCCGCGACGUCAUUGUCGAAGCAGAGAUACGAAGGACAACGAAGGAGCAGAAGGAGAUCAAGGAGGGAGCGGCGAGCGCGUCCGUCGAGGGUGGCGCUGGCGAGGAGCUGCGGUUGCUGCUGCCCGCGCUGCCGCCGCCGCCGUCCAUGGGCGGUGUGGGAGGAGAAAAACGGAGGAGUCAUGGCGAACAGCGAGAAGGCGACGACGACGACGCGACUGCAGAGCUCCUACGACUCCCACCACCACCACCUCCUCCUUCUCUUCCUCCUCCUGCUCCUUUAUCGCACGCCGUAGGGAUCCCUGUGUUGACCGUGCCGCCCCCACAACCGCUGUCAGCCGCCCCCGUCGCAGCAGCCACUACCGGGCUGACAAGUACGUUUCCUGUUGCCGCAGCAGCUCCCGCUCCGCCGCCGCCAACGUUCCCCACACCCUUUGCUAUCGCAGAGGCAGGAGCAAGGACCGCUGCUGCCCUACCAGCGGCACUACCGCCACCCCAACCGCACGCCGUUGAAUGGACGUCAACAGCACGUGCGGCCGCCUCGACGAAUGCGGUGUUUUGCGUGUUGCUGUCGAACUUUGUGGAUCAGGAAGCGACGCAGCGCACGGCGAUCGCGGACCGCGAGGAGGAGCAACGGCAGUCGCUGCUGCAGCUGCUUGUUGUCGUGACCCAGCAAAACCUUCGAGAAGGUCCACGUAGGGGUGCUGCUGCGAGUACCGCGGUGACGGACCAGCGGAGAGAGCACAGUGCUGCCGCAGCGGCACUCCCAUCGCUCGCACACGGCGCAGCUCACCUGUCCUCUCCCGCUCCACCGUCACUGUCGCGAGUGCGGGACCCGGUCAUGAGCGCCGUGCUGGAGUGGGUUUAUCAGUUCGGCUCAUCCCAAAAGAUUCUCCGUCAGCAGCAGCGCAACGCCGGUCGUGCGGCAACAACGACAGCGUCUGCUCUCGUGAAUCAACUGGAGUCUGCUGCCGUCACAGCAGCUGUCCAGAGCCCUGCAGACGCGUUGCUGAACGUUGACGACGCGCACUGGCUGGAUGGAUACGUAGGGCGAUCGGAUACGCUGGCGUACUCUCCUGAGCAGUAUCGGGGACAUCCGCAGCGACAGCCGCCCACCUCCGCCUCGCAGUCCUCCACGCGCAACUUCGGCUCUGACCGGCCGUCAGCCGCCAUCGUCACUGCAACCUCCUCCUCCGGUGGUAGCUCGUCCCCGUCGCUGCCGUCGUCCCUCCACACGAACUCCUCCUCCUCCUCGUCCGCCAGCCUGACAGAGACGAGGUGGGGGAAUCGAGUUGAACCGGUCGCGCGACACGAGCGCGUCUCCGCCGCACGGGCCCGGCCUGUCUUGGACGCGCAGCACCUGCCAUACCGCCGUGCUGCGGCUGCGGAGCGGGCAGCGGCGAGGCAACAGCCGCAGGCGGCGGCAAACGCGAGGACGGGCAGCGGAUCGUCCGACACCGCCACGACGCGCUACACCACCACCACAACCGCUGCUUCUUCUUCUUACAGCCGUGACAGCGAAAAGGGAAGGUCGAAACCAAAGAAGAAACGCAACGCGCCACCGCAGCAGCAGCAGCAACGGGAAGAUGAGCGGUCAUCGCAUGCGGCGGUGAUGUCGUCUGGAGUGUUGCCGCAGCGCGUCUCAGCGGAGGUGCGAGAGGCGCUGGCGGCGGCCCUGCGGGCACAUCGUCGCUCCGCGACUGCGGAUAUCUACGGAGCAGAACCACCACCACAGCAACAAUCUCGAGGAGAGCGGAAUCCGAUGUUGUCGUGGAACGGAAUGGCGGACACCUCCGCGGCUGCGUGUGGGCCAGAUAGCAGUCAGUACGCCGUCACGCUGCCUGCCCGCUCCGCGGAAAGCACGCUGCUGCGGUCUCCCCCGUCGCUGCUGCCGCACGCGUCGCACGAGCGGCGGAGUCCGACACGGGAUCCGCGAAGGCAGCCCUUCUACCCACCGAAGCGGUCACCCGCCACGGAACCUGCGUCAGCCAACCGACAUCACAGGAGCGGCGGUCCACCGACGCGUCCAUCAGAGCAGUGGGAUGCGUACAGCUUAACGAGCACGUCAACCAGCACGCAGAGCACCGACCGACGAGACAGCCGCAGCGGACGACAGCGGAGCGGAGGCGAAACCGCGAGGCAGCAGGAGGGGGUCGGACGUGCUCCUGCGUCCGCGGCGCAGACGAUCGCGAGGCCGACCGCAACGUCGGCACUGCCUUUCUUAUCUGGAAAGGAUGGUGCCGACGUUGCCGCUGCUGCUGCUGCUUCCAUCAACACAGCGACAGCGCCCUCACAGCUUCCACCUUCGUCUACUCGUCCAGCGCGCACGCAGACCUCUGAGUCACACGCCCCGCUGCGCGCUGCGCCGUUGAUGUCGCCAAGCUCGCCGCCUCGCACGGCUGCAUUGCAGGAGGAGGUGGUGCGAGUUCAGCAGGAACAGCGGAGAGGCUGGAUGCAAGCUCCCAUUGGGGAGAGUUUAUUAUCUUAG